AUGGUGGAACUGAAUCGAACCUCUUCAGUGACCCAGACGCGGUCUAGUCAGCCCUCGGCGCUCCCGGAGGAACUGCUCAAUACGCAGAUAGAGAUUCACUGCGUCCUCGCAGAAGGGGAGAUCAAGUUUAGGUACUACGCCGUGAUGGUCACCAUGUUCUUCACUGUCAGUGUGGUGAACAACUACGCCCUGAAUCUCAACAUCGCCAUGCCCCUGCAUAUGAUAUUUAGAUCCGGUUCUCUAAUUGCCAACAUGAUCCUAGGAAUUAUCAUUCUGAAGAAAAGUCACAUUUUAAGUGACCGUAGCCCCAUGUGGCCAGUGGUGACUUUGGUGGAGAACCCACAUACGGGUUCACAGAAGUGCCAGGACAGUGAUGUCAUAGAAGGAGGAGGGGUCCUGGGGAAAGUCGGCACCUUCAGUCUGGACCACGUCUCAGGCAAGUUCGCCCUUGCUGUGAAGAUCACUGUACGAGCUCCGGCCAGCCUGUCUGUCCGAGCCCCCAGCAUUAGAACCCCCUGUAUCGGAGCGCUAACGUUUGCUCUUCUAAUGUCAGCAAGGAUGGGUAUUUUCCAGGAGACCCUGUACAAACAAUUUGGGAAGCACUCCAAGGAGGCUUUGUUUUAUAAUCACGCCCUUCCACUGCCGGGCUUCGUCUUCCUGGCUUCCGACAUUUAUGACCACGCGGUUCUGUUCAAUAAGUCUGAAUUGUAUCAAGUUCCAUUCAUUGGUGUGACAGUGCCCAUCAUGUGGUUCUACCUCCUCAUGAAUGUCGUCACUCAGUACGUGUGCAUCCGGGGCGUCUUCAUUCUCACCACAGAAUGCGCCUCCCUCACCGUCACCCUUGUUGUGACCCUCCGCAAGUUUGUCAGCCUCAUCUUUUCCAUCUUGUACUUCCAGAACCCUUUCACUCUGUGGCACUGGCUGGGUACCCUGUUUGUCUUCAUUGGGACCCUAAUGUACACAGAGGUGUGGAACAGCCUAGGGACCACAAAAAGCCAGCUUCAGAAGGAGGACAAGAAGAACUGAGGUCGGCCGGGAACAGAGAGACCAGUGUCAAAAUGUGCCAGGGUCUGGUUUCGCUUUCGUUAAUGCUGAAGUAUUGAACCAACCACGUACCAGUGAAUCCUCAGAACGAGGGACUUGGCAGAUUUCUUAUGGCUCUCCCGACCAACGUUUGUGGACUCCGGAUGGAGAUCCCGCAACCCCGAAAUAGAAAUCAGGACAGUUCUCUGCUAUUGAACAGCCGGUUGGUUUGUUAUUUGUUUACCAGAAUAUUGGGUACUGCUACUUGUUCAUUGACUUUGGAGUCCCAGAGUUACUGGUUUUCUAUCCGUGGUCUCAGGCAAGAUUAUGUCCUGUCGCCAUUCCGAUGAUUCUCUGCCGUACAGUCAUUACAAUCCUGUGGCCUCGUCCCUUUUUUUCUGUCACCCUCCCCCACCCCCCGCCCCCGCCCCAGCAGCACUUAGAGCCAGUCGGGCGCUCCAGGGAUCGACUGAGUGGCCGGGUGAACGGAGACACCAGGGACAUUGGCCUGGGAAGGAAGCAGUGUCCCUGAGCGCGGAGCCCUGGUACCGUGGAGCGGGACUCCGGGGAAUCCUCCCCCACAGCUUGUUUUGUCUAUGCGAAGUCUUUUACUUUCUGUGCUUCAGACCUGCAGCAUCCUUCUAUGGCACACAGUUAAUAAGGAAACGUUGUGAAUGAACUGGGAGAGACGUUCUCCCUCAGCCUUCUACGGGAGGCCUGUUAGCGCAGAGAGGCGAUGGCGGCGCCAGGGUGGCGGGGAGCAGCUGGCCCCAGCUGGCCCCGGUCAGCUCCCACAGAGCCGCAGCUCCCCUCCGGGCAGAGCCGGGGACCCUCAGUGACACGCUUCUUCACCAGAGAGGGGCAGCCCUGCCGGUCCAUCUGCUGGAGGCCUGGUCGUCAGGCUAAAGAGUAGAUUACUAUGUGGCGGGUAUGGGUGUGGCGUAUAAAUCAGGUCAAAUCAUGACUAAAAUGAAUCUUUUUUGUUUUCCUCUGAGA